AUGGGCGAUUCCAUGAAGGAAGUAGUCGAGACGCUCGACCCUGUCGCGCGACAGAUUAUUCCUCAAAAUAUCUAUACUGGCACUCUCGUCCCUCUCAAGACCACUCUGGAACUUCGAGACAACCUCUCUGUCGGCUAUGCAUAUGUUACGCGAGCACCGACUAGAUUUACUAAUGAUGUCGUCAAUGUUGUCAGGUCCCUAGUCGGCGAUGAUCAGGCUAAGAACCUCCCUCAUCUUCGACGAUGCACCAAACCAACAGAUCUACCAUCUCAUCUCAAGAACAAAUUCAUGAAUGAUGGCACUACAGGAAGGACAAUACACACCGGAAAGUCCCAGUACCUCUAUAUCUUGCUCGGCCCUGAACAGGAAAUGAACUACGAAGAUCUUCUGAAAGGACUCUCAGCCAUCCCUGGCAUUGGUGAUGACAUCUUCGUCGGCCUGAUUCCUGUCCCGCUUCUGGCUCCCACUUCUCAAGUUCAAGCAAACCUGUGGUCGCAGCAAUUCUGGCAGUGCGUUUAUCGCAAAAACAACCCGCUUGGUCCGCACCCCAGCAACAUUUGCCGCACUACAAGUGUCGUGGCUCGUGAUGCUUCGGUCUGGAUGAAUCUUGCCCACCAAAUCGCUAGAAAAACCCAGAAGGCAGGCUUUGGUGAGCCCAUCGGCGCCGUCAUCAUCAAGCGCACGAUUCCGUCCAAGCCUGAUCAGAUCAAAAUCGAAGGCAACAAGCCUGAUGGCAACGCUUCGGAUGGCGGUGUCGAGGCCAUUCAAGGCGAUACAUCAGAUACUGGAGAGACCAAGUCAGAGGAUGGUAGAAAGCCCGACAGGUCAGCAGACGAUGACUUGCGCGAAGGACCUGAAGAGAAGGAAAAGGUGGAAAUUGUUGCCCUGGCGGGCGAUGCCCGUUGGCAUCAGCAGGGAAGAACAGGCCGCGACGGCAACCCGAUGGCUCAUGCAGCUCUGCGUGCCAUCAGCAUGGUUGCACAAAAGCUAGUCCGGGCUGAGAAGCGCGAACCUGCUCAAUCAAACCCAAUCCUUGAAUUCGAAGCAUUUCAGGACGGCCCAAUCUUAAGUGAUGAGCAGGUUGUCUUCGAUGCAGAUCACCCAUCUCCAGACGGCUAUCUCUGCCACGAUCUGGAGCUGUACAUGACACAUGAGCCGUGCACCAUGUGUUCCAUGGCCAUCUUGCACUCGCGCAUGGGCCGAAUUGUAUUUCGACAUCGUAUGCCGUUGACUGGCGGCAUGGGCUCCGAGGAUCGUGGUUACGACCUUUGCGGCGGCGACAACACUUGUGAGAAUGGUCCUUGUGGAGGCGGUCAGGGACUGGGCCUUCACUGGCGCAAAGAGCUCAAUUGGAGUAUGCUAGGAUGGGAAUGGGAGACCGAUGAAGCAGACAGCCUGCCUGUCAACAGUCAUCUCCAUGCUUGA